UCUUUAUUAACCAGUCAAAUCAUCUCUAUUUUCUUUUAAUUAUAGAUCGAGUCUUUUGGAAAUUAGCUUAUCCUCCAAUCAUCUCCAUUUCUUCCUCCUCUCUUUCCUCUCCUCUUUUUCUUCUCAUUUAUAUAUCUCUCUCUUUCUUUCCUUUUCUUUCCACCAAUUUUAACUCUCUCUCUCUCUUUCUUUCUUUCUCUUAACUAUAUCUAUAUAUAGUUGUUAGUUAUAUACUUACACAUAUUAAUAAUAUCAUAUAGAAACUAUGGGUCGUUCUCCUUGUUGUGAAAAAGCUCACACUAACAAAGGUGCUUGGACAAAAGAUGAAGAUCAACGUCUUAUUGAUUAUAUUCGUCUUCAUGGUGAAGGAUGUUGGCGCUCUCUUCCUAAAGCCGCCGGUUUGCUUAGGUGUGGUAAAAGUUGUAGGUUACGUUGGAUAAAUUACCUUCGUCCUGAUCUUAAACGUGGUAAUUUUACUGAAGAAGAAGAUGAACUUAUCAUCAAACUUCAUAGUUUACUUGGCAAUAAGUGGUCCCUUAUAGCGGGAAGAUUACCAGGAAGGACAGAUAACGAGAUAAAAAAUUACUGGAAUACCCAUAUCAAGCGUAAGCUUCUAAGCCGCGGCUUGGACCCACAAACUCACCGUCCGUUAAAUUCCACCUCCGCCACCACCGUAAGUGGUGGCGGCGCCGCAACAAUUAUCGCCGGGAAAAAUUCGCCGGAAAUUCUAGGAUUUGCGGCGGUUAAUCCACCAAUUAUGGUUACUCAAUUUGGAGCAAUUUCUCAAACAAUUGACUUCAAGAAGAAUAGUUACCCCGACAUGAAUAAUUCCAACAACAAUAAUAAUAAUAAUAACAAGGUGAAAAGUGAAUCUUGCCACAGUGGCACAACCACAGAUGAAGGCCAAAUGGGCCGGAUCCCGGGCCAGCAACAGAAGGCCCAAGAAGAUAUAAACCUAGAGCUCUCCAUCGGGCUUUCUAAGUUCCAGGGUGAGGCCCGUAACUCUACUGCCAGCAGUGCUGAAUCUAGAGAUGUAGGCCCAAGCCCAAGCCCAAGCCCAAGCCCAAGCCCAUUUGAGUUGUUUGAUAAGCAUAAGCCCAUGAAGAAGGGUAUGUUGUUGUUGUCAUCAUAUGAGGGGCAAAAUAGGGAAAUAUGUUCAUGUUGUGAAUUAGGGUUUCAAAUGAGUAAUAUUAAUGGUAAUAAAGUAAAAGAAGGUUGUAGUAAUUGUCAAAUAAAAGGUGGGUAUUUUUAUUCUAGGUACAUUGGAACUUUAGGUUCAUAGAAUUGAAUAUUUUUUUUAGGUUAUGGUAUAAAUGCUUUCACUAAUUAACUCCCCCACCAAAUUGUAUUAAAUUUUGGGGGGUCCCAAAUAUAUUUUGAUUUUAUUUUAUGUCAUAUCACAAUCACAAUGAGAAAUGAAGAAAAUCUUCACUGGA